AUGGGAUAUGGUGUCUACUCUACUGUUUGGCUUGCAUUUGACCUUGAAUUAAAGCAACAUGUUGCACUCAAAAUACUUACAGCCGACUCUUUCGGACAAGGAUACGACACUUUUGAGCUGGGUAUUCUCAGGCGUAUAAGGGCACAAAACAGCUCAAAUCCCGGCGCUACUCAUAUCCUCGGUCCGCUUGACAACUUCGAACACAAUGGCCCAAACGGAAACCAUGUCUGUCUUGUUUUCAAAGCCAUGGGUCCAGACAUGUCCAAGUACCGCCGUCUCUUCCCGAAACUGAGGAUCCCUCUACCCCUGAUGAAGGUUAUUUCAAAGCAACUCCUUCUUGCUUUAUCAUACCUGCAUGACACAUGCCGAGUCAUCCAUACUGGUCAGUCCGCGCGUGUGAUGAGGAAGACAGCCAACAUGGCGCCUAGUUUUCUGUCCCUGUCCCCUGACAGAGAUUCCAGAUAUCAAGCCUCAGAACAUCCUGAUCGAAACUUCGGCCAUCAACAAAAUGUUCCAGCAAGCACCGUCUGA